GAGUUCCUCCUCCUCCCGUGUGAUGUGACUGAGGCCUGACGGACGGUCCCUGUCUGUUAUGGCUCCUCCUGCUACCGCGGAACGGGGCUAGACCGUCGCAACACCAGUGCAGGGGAACGGGACUAAACACGCAUCGAUACGUUUCUCUUGAGCCACGGCGAACGAUGGCAGAUCGGGAAACGUUGAAGAAGAAGACAUAGACGGCGUACUUGGCGUCGCCUCUUCUGCUGUGCAAGCUUCGACAUUUUCUCAAGAUUACCAACACCCCAAAUGAACUCCGUCAGAGCAAGUAACGUUAGCAGAAGACCCAGGCGAGUGUCGAGGCCGCGCCCGGUGCAACCGGAGAGGAACCACCAAGAAAGAGAUGAGGACAUUCCUGCAGAUAUGGUUGCAGAAGAAUCCGGUCCAGGAGCUCAGAAUAGUCCCUACAAGCUUAGAAGAAAGUCUCUACCCAAGAGAACAGUGUGUCCGACAAAACCAAACAUGGAGGGCGCUUCCACUUCAACAACAGAAAACUUCGGACACCGACCUAAACGUCCAAGAGUUUCAGGAAAGUGUCCAGACUUAUCAGCAGCUCCAGCAGAACAGUAUCUGCAGGAGAAGCUUCCAGACGAAGUGGUGCUGAAGAUCUUCUCUUACCUGUUGGAGCAGGACUUGUGUCGCUCAGCGUGUGUGUGCAAGCGCUUCAGUGAGCUGGCCAACGACCCCAUCCUCUGGAAGAGGUUGUACAUGGAAGUGUUUGAGUACACCCGACCCAUGAUGCACCCUGAGGCGGGAAAGUUCUACCAGAUAAAUCCAGAAGAGUACGAGCAGCCAAACCCGUGGAAGGAGAGUUUUCAACAACUGUAUAAAGGUGCCCACGUGAAGCCAGGUUUUGCUGAGCACUUCUACAGUAAUCCUGCCAGGUACAAGGGGAGAGAUAACAUGUUUUACUAUGACACCAUUGAGGAUGCUCUUGGAGGGGGUCAGGAGCCUCACUUUGACGGAUUAAUAUUUGUCCACUCGGGUAUCUACACAGAUGAAUGGAUCUAUAUUGAAUCACCGAUCACAAUGAUCGGAGCUGCUCCUGGUAAAGUUGCAGAGAAGAUUAUUAUUGAAAACACCCGAGACUCUACGUUUGUGUUCAUGGAAGGCUCAGAAGAUGCAUAUGUUGGAUUCAUGACCAUCAGGUUCAAUCCUGAUGAUAAAUCUGCACAGCACCAUAAUGCACACCACUGUUUGGAGAUCACAGUCAACUGCAGCCCCAUCAUUGACCACUGCAUCAUCCGCAGCACGUGUACUGUGGGGUCAGCCGUGUGUGUCAGUGGACAGGGUGCAUGUCCCACCAUCAAGCACUGCAACAUCAGUGACUGUGAGAAUGUUGGUCUUUACAUCACUGACCAUGCACAGGGCAUUUAUGAAGACAAUGAGAUCUCAAACAAUGCUCUGGCUGGGAUCUGGGUGAAGAACCACGGCAAUCCCAUCAUCAGACGGAAUCACAUCCACCACGGCAGAGAUGUAGGGGUUUUCACGUUUGAUCACGGCAUGGGCUACUUUGAAAGUUGCAACAUCCAUAGGAAUCGAAUAGCCGGCUUUGAGGUGAAGGCUUAUGCCAACCCCACAGUUGUUCGAUGUGAAAUCCAUCACGGUCAGACCGGGGGCAUCUAUGUCCACGAAAAGGGACGUGGACAGUUCAUUGAAAACAAGAUCUAUGCAAAUAACUUUGCAGGUGUGUGGAUCACCUCCAACAGCGACCCCACAAUAAGGGGUAAUGCCAUUUUUAAUGGCAACCAAGGCGGCGUUUAUAUUUUUGGUGAUGGCCGAGGCCUCAUUGAAGGAAAUGACAUUUACGGUAACGCCCUGGCUGGAAUCCAGAUCAGGACUAAUAGCUGCCCUAUUGUCAGGCACAACAAGAUCCACGAUGGCCAACAUGGUGGCAUUUAUGUGCAUGAAAAGGGACAAGGAGUGAUCGAGGAGAACGAGGUUUACAGCAACACUCUAGCAGGAGUGUGGGUGACGACGGGCAGUACGCCAGUCCUGAGGAGGAACAGGAUACACAGCGGGAAGCAGGUUGGGGUCUACUUUUAUGACAAUGGCCAUGGAGUGCUGGAGGACAAUGAUAUCUACAAUCAUAUGUACUCCGGGGUCCAGAUAAGGACCGGCAGCAACCCCAAGAUCAGACGGAACAAGAUCUGGGGGGGGCAGAAUGGGGGCAUUUUGGUUUACAACUCAGGCUUAGGAUUCAUUGAGGACAACGAGAUCUUUGAUAAUGCAAUGGCAGGAGUUUGGAUCAAGACAGACAGCAACCCCACCCUCAGGAGGAACAAAAUCCAUGAUGGGAGAGAUGGUGGGAUCUGUAUAUUCAAUGGAGGAAGAGGUUUGCUAGAAGAGAACGACAUCUUUAGAAAUGCUCAAGCGGGUGUUCUCAUUAGCACCAACAGUCACCCCGUACUGAGGAAAAACAGGAUAUUUGACGGAUUUGCUGCUGGUAUUGAGAUCACCAACCACGCUACAGCGACCUUAGAAGGCAACCAGAUCUUCAACAAUCGUUUUGGGGGGUUAUUUCUUGCGUCUGGAGUCAAUGUUUCAAUGAAAGAUAAUAAGAUACUGAACAAUCAAGAUGCCAUUGAAAAGGCUGUGAGCAGAGGUCAGUGCCUGUACAAGAUUUCCAGUUACACCAGUUACCCAAUGCACGAUUUCUACAGGUGUCACACCUGUAACACGACAGACCGCAACGCCAUUUGUGUGAACUGUAUCAAGAAGUGUCACCAAGGACACGACGUGGAGUUCAUCAGACAUGAUAGAUUUUUCUGCGACUGUGGUGCAGGGACGUUGUCCAACCCAUGCACGUUAGCUGGAGAGCCGACGCACGACACGGACACGCUGUACGACUCGGCUCCUCCUAUAGAGUCCAACACGCUGCAACAUAACUGAGCUCAAGCUCUAAGGCCCUCUGUGCUGCAGAAGGAGUAAAACAAGACACUUUCAGUUGUGCAGCAGAGGAGGAAAUCCAGACUAAGAUUCUCUGACUGUGAGCAUAUGCAGCAACUUAAAAAAAGACAGAUAUGCUAAUAAGAGACAUUUUUUUAAAGUGAUAAAAGUGGACACCUCACUUUUCUUUUUAUUUGGGGGGAAAAUGACGUUGGUGGGCCAGAGCAGGAGAGCAUUUGACUCGGGGGUUUGUGUGGGUUGAGUUGGUUCACUGAGGUGAUAAUGGCGAAAAUGGACUUAAAAGAAAAAACCCAACCGAAGCUCGUCUUUAAAGAAGCGCAAGAACAAGAUACUGCAGUCAUGUACAGAUCCAGUGUGGACACUUACCCAGAGGCAGCUCAACUGUUCUCGUUAAGAGGAAAAAAAAGCCCCAAAUACAACGAUGCUUCCAUCAGUGAGCAGCCGACGUGCUUGAAUGAUGCGUACGGGGAAAAUGACCUAGCACUUAAGCUUUUUUUUUUGUGUUCGUUUUUCCUCAAGAAAACUGUUGAGAUUUGAUUUUAAUGCUUUUUUGUGUAGUUUUGUAUUUCCAUGCAAAAAUCUUACUGUACUUGAAUGUCUAUUUUAUUAAAUGUGUUCAGUUGUUUUUGGUUAUUCCCCAGAAUUGCUGUAAUUAUACUCACGUCGCAGUAUCUAACUUCUUUCUGUGAAAGAGACCAGAGAAAAGAGGAAAACACUAAACAUUUUCUCCAGCAAUGUUGACUUAUCUUUUUGCAAUAUAGGAAAUAGAUGCUGAAAUGUGCUUUUACAAGACUUGUUCAAAACAAAGGUUUCAGUUAUUUUAUUCUUUUUUUUACUUAUUCUAUGCACAUUGUUUACGUCUUCAUGUUGGUUUGUCAUGAAGCAUCGGACUUGUGUAGGCAUUAAAGGGAAGUUGCACAACUGAACAUUUUUUUUUUAAUUUGACCAGAUUUUAAGUUGAAACACACAAUGUAACGGGUUUCACUAUUGAAGUAUAAAAUAGCGGGACGCAUUAUCUGAUGGGAAACGAGUCUUAUUAAUGGUUUACACCUGGUCCUGUUUUAGUUAAAUGUUAACAAAUGUUUGCUUAACGAGCAAAAAUGCUUAUUUUCUGAUGCCAGAAGUGAUUCACAAAAUAAAGGCAAAGUCUUGUGAAAGCAUAACUCCUUUAUUUUAUUUCUGUUAAUGUUGCUGGAGAAAUUAACAGCUUUUACUCAACGGAAGCUGAGACAAGUGUGUGUAUACAGCGCUUUAUGGUUUCAUCGCCCCCCUCCCCCAUCCAUGUGUACUGGUGAUUGUGGGUCCUCAUACAGACUGAAAUGUAUGCAUGUAUCAUAACAUCUAGACUUAAUAUAUUGUGAAGUAUUCAAUAACCGUUAUGUAGGCGCUAGAGUGAAUUAAAAGGGUUUAAUUUCCUAGAUGAAACAUUGUCAUUUUUUUAAAAUAAACUUUAUUAGAUCA